AUGCGAAUAGACCAAACAGCACACUACCGCGCCGAUACAGAUGAGGGCGGAGAAGAGUUUGCGAAACUCAUUCCACGGGGAGGGCACACCGUUCCCAUCAAAGAUGAGGAGACGGGUGAAAGUCGCAUUUACACGGUGACGCUCUUUCACCAGCUCAAGUGCCUGGGAAUUAUCCGUGACAACUAUGCGGAAAUGCGCCCCCCGUCGUCGGUUACUCGUCACUGCAUGAAUUAUCUUCGCCAAUCAAUUUUGUGCCACCCCAACAUCAAAAUCGAGCCGGUCGUAAAUAACUUGGGGACCGCCGUCAGGGGAUACGAGACCGUUUGUCGUGACUGGACAAAAGUGUAUGAGGAGGUGGAUAAGCUAAAUGGAAUGACUUCGGAUGUGUAG